AUGUUCCGUAUUCAAUGACUAAUUCCUCUCCUCUGCCCCACUAUUCACUCUGUUUUCUGGUGUCCCUUGUCCAUUAGAGUCGUCACAGGCCACAACUCUCUCUCAGUCUACCACCAUUAUUAUCUGCAUCCCUUCUGCUUCCUCUCUCUCCCCCUGUUGGUGGAGGAGGCCAAGGUACUUCGGUGCGGCACAAAGUAUCCCAAGAGAAGAUGGAGAUUACUAAUGUUACUGAGUAUGAGGCCAUUGCAAAGGAGAAAUUACCCAAGAUGGUUUAUGACUACUAUGCUUCAGGAGCAGAGGACCAGUGGACUCUUAAGGAGAAUCGAAAUGCAUUCUCCAGGAUUUUGUUCCGACCCCGCAUUCUGAUUGAUGUAAGCAAGAUUGACAUGACCACAUCUGUUUUGGGAUUCAAGAUUUCAAUGCCAAUAAUGAUUGCCCCAACAGCCAUGCAGAAAAUGGCUCACCCUGACGGGGAGUAUGCAACGGCAAGAGCAGCUUCAGCUGCAGGAACAAUAAUGACACUAUCCUCAUGGGCUACUUCCAGUGUUGAAGAGGUUGCUUCAACAGGACCUGGCAUUCGGUUUUUCCAGCUCUAUGUGCACAAAGACAGGAAUGUGGUUGUACAGCUUGUUAGAAGAGCAGAAAGGGCAGGUUUCAAGGCAAUUGCUCUUACUGCAGAUACUCCAAGGCUGGGUCGCAGGGAAGCUGACAUCAAGAACAGAUUUACCCUGCCACCAUAUUUGACUUUGAAGAACUUUGAGGGCUUGGAUAUUGGCAAAAUGGAUAGGACCAAUGACUCUGGUCUGGCUUCAUAUGUUGCCAGUCAAAUUGAUCGAUCACUUAGCUGGAAAGAUGUGAAGUGGCUUCAGACAAUCACCUCAUUACCAAUUCUAGUGAAGGGUGUCCUUACUGCUGAGGAUGCAAGGCUAGCCAUCCAGUCUGGAGCUGCUGGAAUCAUUGUGUCCAACCAUGGAGCUCGCCAGCUUGAUUAUGUGCCUGCAACUAUUAUGGCUUUGGAAGAGGUUGUCAAAGCUACACAAGGCAGAGUUCCUGUUUUCCUUGAUGGUGGUGUUCGGCGUGGAACAGACGUCUUCAAGGCAUUGGCUCUGGGAGCAUCUGGAAUAUUUAUUGGAAGGCCAGUGGUUUUCUCAUUAGCUGCUGAAGGCGAAGCUGGUGUCAGGAAAGUACUCCAGAUGCUUCGCAAUGAGUUUGAGCUUACCAUGGCAUUAAGCGGCUGCCGCUCCUUAAAGGAGAUCACCCGUAACCAUAUUGUGACUGAUUGGGAUCCUUCUCGUGCUGUAGGCCCUGUAGCCAGGUUAUAAGGCAGGUUUUCCUCCGAUUUAUACUUUGAAAUGCAAAAAUAAAAGAACUCCCAAGAGACCGUCUGUGUAUCAAUGACAUGAAAUUCUAUUUUUCAAUAAAUGACUGCUGUUUUC